AUGAGCUCGACCGUCUUUGGGGGCCCUCGCGCUCCGCCGAGAGGCUAUCCUGGAGAAGCUCCAGUGGUGGAUCGGUUUGCCAAGUGGCGAGCAAAGCUAGGCCACGAUCUCCUCAUCGCAGCCGAGCAAGGCAAUGCUGCUGUGGUGAAGAUGUGCUUGGAGCAGAAGGCAGAUCCUUCCGUGAUUUCGCUGGACACAGGCCGCAGCGCCCUUCAUGCCGCUGCUACCUCGGGCAGUGUGGAGGUCAUGCGAGACCUCGUCGACGCUUGCGUCCGUGCCCGCGUCGACCUUAGCCGGGCUGACAAAGCGAAGCGUACCGCAUUGGACGAAGUACUCGAGGUUUCACAAAGACUGCACAUGCCUGCGGAUCUGGCCGUCCCUUUCCUAGCAGCUGCAGAGGAGGCUCCUGAGAUUGUCAGCGAGCUCCAGACCUCCCUACCCAAGUGGCGCCAGGCAUUGCUGACGGUCUUGUCCUGCUGCACCACACCUUUGCCUAUGGUCCAUGAGGCGGCUCUGACUUCCGUGCUGGGUGCAUGGGUCCAAGCCUGUGAGUACUGCGACAUGUUCCUGACACACAGCGGCCUCACCGGACGACGGCAGCAUCUGACGGGCCGACGCCACAUCAACAACAAGAUUGAGUACUAUCAGAUGCUGAUCCGCGAGAAGGGGCUCACACCGCCCAUCUAUCCCCCUCCGCCAGGCAUGGUGCUGCCGAUGCCCAAGUUGCCAGCAGCCGCAGCUGCUCCGAAACCGGCACUCGGCGGAAUUCUGCCAGGGAUGCUUCCGACCAUGCCGAAGCUGCCCGGGGCGAUGCCGGGGCUGCCGGGCAUGCCGGGCAUGCCCUCCAUGCCAGGCAUGAUGCCAGGAAUGCCGAAGAUGCCUGGUAUGCCCAUGAUGCCCAAGAUGUGA